CUGAAUAGCCGUCACUUCCGUCACGGGAAGAUGUGAUUGGUUGGGCGGGGACUCACCUGGACAUCCCGCACACCACCCGCGUGCCCGCGCGGCGCGACCUCAGCUAAUCAGUUCUGUGCUGAGCGCGGCUGGAGCAGGGACGCGUGCUAUAUAUCUGCGUGAUUAAAUUGAAGUGUAAAUACGCAUCUGAUUUGUGUGUGUGCAUCUGUUAUAUAAAUAUGAAUUCGAAAAGAACAAUGGAAUACAAUGAAGAGUUGCAGGAGGGGCUGGAGAAUGUGUUCCGUGAUUCGACUGAGAAUUUCAAGUGUGUUAUAAGUGAUGCCAAAGACUGGGAUGGACAUGAGGAGGAGGAGGAGGAGGAGGAGGAGGAGGAGGAGGCGGAGGAGGAGGAGGCGGAGGAAGAGGAGGAAGAGGAGGAGGAGGUCGUCCGGGGGGGUGGAGUUGGUGUUGACGUGCAUACCUUCGCCUCCACGUCUACCGGUGAACGCAUCAGAGGCGAGUCAUCGGGCAACAAGAACAACAGCAACGGCGGCGGCGCAAGAGGAGCCGCGAGGGGAGGCGCGAGGGGAGGCGACGCUGCGGGGAGCUGCGUGGGGAAGGAGCGGUCAGUCCAGCCUCUCUCAGCCUCGCCACCUCCCCCACCAGUGUCCUAUCCGAGUAACGGCUUCCCGCCCUUGCCAUCCCCCUACAACAUCAACAACAACAGGUUCGCCUUAGUGAUGGUGAUUAACGAGUACCAGAGGGACACACCACCACAGGAGCAGCGGCGGCGCCAACGUUUGCACCGGGCCCAACAACGCGAACAAGUGAAGAGGAGGCUAAGGUGGCUUUUGGGGGUUCUGUUGGAGCGAGAAAGAGUGAAGAUGCAGGGUGAGGCUUAUCGGCGGGUCCAACGACAGCGGCGGGACGGUCAGCUGUAGACGCACCAGAUACAGGAACAGCAACAGCAACAGCGCCAGCAACAGCAACAGCGCCAGCAACAGCAACAGCGCCAGCAACACUAACAGCGCCAGCAACAGCAACAGCGCCAGCAACACCAACAGCGCCAGCAACAGCAACAGCGCCAGCAACACUAACAGCGCCAGCAACACCAACAGCGCCAGCAACAGCAACAGCGCCAGCAACACUAACAGCGCCAGCAACAGCAACAGCGCCAGCAACAGCAACAGCGCCAGCAACAGCAACAGCGCCAGCAACAGCAACAGCGCCAGCAACAGCAACAGCGCCAGCAACACUAACAGCGCCAGCAACAGCAACAGCAACAGCCACAGCAACA